CAAAUUAGUUUAUUCCUCAAUGAAAUCCCCUUUCAUAAUUAUUGCAUCAAUCCUCAUACAAAUCAUUCAUUUCACAACAGCCCAAUCAAUAUUAUUCAACAACAAAUACCCCAUCAUCCGAUGCCAGUCAACCUUCAAUAAUAUAACAUUAACAACCGCCUACAAAACAAACAUCAUAACAGCCCUCACUUCCGUUACCUCCGCCGUUACAUCAAACUACGGCUUUAAGAAAACCACUGUUGACGGCGAAAGCCCAAACAGGGUCACGGCUGCCGCAAUCUGUCGCGGUGACAUCGAUUCCGAAUCAUGUAAAAAGUGUAUAACUAACUCAUCUAUCACACUGACACAAAACUGUCCUAACCGGAUCGAAGCGUUGGUAUGGAACAUGAACUGUAGUUUGCUAUAUUCAAACCGUACGCACACAUCCACUUUUUAUAACCGGCCUUAUGGCAAGAUUUUAAGCUAUGUGAACGCGUCGUCGGAUUUAAUUGUUUAUUAUAAGGAGGCUUUGAGGGGUUUAGCUGCGAGGCUACGGAUAGAAGCUGCUGGUGGAAACUCUUUACGCAAAUUUGCCACGGGAGACGUGGUUUUUGGACAGCCGGCGGCUUUAGAAAGGAUUUACGCUAUGGUACAAUGUACACCGGAUUUGUCUUCGUUUGACUGUAAUUCGUGCUUGUCGGUUGUGUUUAGAGAAGCUCAGGGAUGUUGUGAUGCUGAUGUUGAUGUUUCGGUUUAUUAUACGAGUUGUUUUAUUCGGUAUUCGAAUAAGUCGUUUUAUAAUGAUCCCCCGUUGAUCUCAUUGCCGUCUUCUGGUGCGUUCAUUUCUUGA